AUGGGUGAUGCAGCGUUGGCACCAGUGGCCGCCAUCAAGAUGCUGCCCCAACUCAACGUGCAGACGAUACUCAUGUGUUUCUACCACUGCGUGGCUGCCGUGAACAAACGGCUAGGGGCAGUUCCCACGCGUGUGAAAGCUUUGGUUGCGUUUCACAUGUUCAACAUGCAUUACAGUCGAAGUCCCACCGAAUGUCGGAUGCACUGGGCCUCAGCAACGGAAGCGUGGGGGGCGUGUGACAUCCUUGUGGCAAAGGACUUCGUCCGCUAUUUCGCAGAACAGUGGAUGACCGGGGACUUUUGCAAAUGGCAGGUGUACCAUACACCUAGUGGUUUUCCCACCACGAAUAACCAACCAACCCAUGCGAGCUCUUUAACAAGCACUUCAAAGCGCUCACUGCAUGGGUUGUGCGCUACGUUUAAGUUGCUGGGCUCUAUCGCAGAGGAGUAUUCAACGGUCAAGAUUACCACCUUCACGUCAGAAGUGUCUCCAAGCGAAAAGUUGGUCCGGCGAUCCAGGCGCCUUAUCACAUACAACCUCCUCGAAGUUGUCCCUCCCAAUCCAGAUCUUGAACAUGUUCCGGGGACUGUCCGUAUCGUCGGCAUCGUUCCAAGGCAUGCCAUCUCCCAGGCGCGUGAGAGUGAUGCGGUUGGUACCACUGCCGCCAUGGAAGCAGGCCGCCCCACGGAGACAUCACCUGAGCAUUUGGAGGUGGCCAACGCUUACUACUACAACGAGAACACCAACAACAUACGUCACGAAUCCAUUUGCGCAGGCAACGCGCAGCCCUCCUGCAAGUCCAAGGACGAGAUGUCAAUUGCGCACCAUUGCCUCCAACAGCAUUUGUCCGUAACCAAGCCCAUCGAACCGAGGCAGCGUCGCGUUUCAGAGGUCAACGCCGACGUCGUGCAGUAG